UUUUUGUUGCAGGAAAGUGAAACAACCCGCCUGAUACCACCGCCUCCCCCCAAAACGCGUUUGUCAACGUUCGGUGCACGAAGCGGUAUGGACGGUGACGGGACGAGAAAUGCAUUCGGUGAUGAGGAUAUGUUCGAGUCGACGUCCGAUACUGCCACCCCAGCAAUGGUGCACGUGGAGCAGUCCAGUCGUGGUACAAUAAAACAUCCAGGCAAACAUUUUCUCGUUUCGCUUAGGCCUCUCCCAUUCCUCGCUGUUUUUGCUUUCUUUUUUUUUCCAGGUACACUCGGGGGUAACUUUGUGCCGCUAACAGACAGCGAUGAAAUAACAAUUGACGAAUCGUCACCACCAGUUCUAAGCCGUUACGGCGAUUUUCAUACGAUCGACUGGCAACGCGAUCUUGCACGCGAUAGGCUGCGCCACAAAUUCAUUGUGAAAUGGUCGGAGACGCCGCUCGGUAAACUGUAUGGCUUGUGGGAUGCGGGAAGCGGCUGGAUCUGUGUUUUAAUGGUCGGCCUUGCCGCGGGCACCGUUGCCGGCAUCAUCGAUAUCGGAGCACGAUGGAUGAGCGAUUUAAAGGAUGGUGUGUGUGCGGACCGGUUCUGGCUGGAUCGUGAGCAUUGUUGUUGGUCGGCCAAUGACAGUGUGUACAAGGACGCCGAUUGCUCGGCCUGGACUUCAUGGCCCGAAAUGAUGCACUACUAUGAGCGCAAUUUUUUUUAUUACAUAAUGGAGUUAUUUUUUUAUUGCGGCUGGAGCGUACUGAUGACUGGCCUCACUGUUGCGCUAGUCAAGGCAAGUGCCCCAAAUCACCGCCUUUUUUUUCAGACAUUUCUAAAAAAUAACUGCUGUGUCUGUUAUAUUAUAAAAUCUUGUUUUCAGGUGUUUGCGCCGUACGCAUGCGGAUCCGGUAUACCAGAAAUCAAAUGCAUACUUUCCGGUUUCAUUAUUCGAGGUUAUUUGGGUAAAUGGACUUUCAUUAUCAAAUCUGUUGGUCUAAUUUUGGCAUCCGCAUCCGGACUGAAUCUUGGGAAAGAAGGUCCAAUGGUGCAUCUGGCAUGUUGUAUUGGAAAUAUAUUUUCUUAUUUAUUCCCCAAAUAUGGUUCAAAUGAAGCCAAAAAACGGGAAAUAUUAAGCGCAUCAGCAGCAGCCGGUGUUUCAGUGGCAUUCGGUGCUCCCAUUGGCGGAGUUUUAUUUAGGUUAUUUUGUUGUAUUUUCUGUCAAUCACUGGGACUUUUAUUUGAUUUAUGUCCCGAAGCCGCAGCCUUCCCGUCUCAAGUGCAUGUUAUCUCUCUCCUUUUUUUUUCUUGCACAAUUCAGUUCCUGAAAUGUGAUUGUGUGAAAUUUCAGACAUCUUUGUUCCACGUUGACUAUAGCAUGAAAUGGACAUUCAUCGAGCUCAUACCGUUUGCUGGUCUCGGACUGUUCGGAGGUAUCAUUGGAAGUGUGUUCAUCUGGGCCAAUAUCAAGUGGUGCCGCUUUCGCAAAGCGAACAAAACGUUGGGAAAUAAUCCGGUAAAAGAGGUGCUCAUCAUAACACUUAUUACCGCGUUCGUCAGCUACUUCAAUCCGUACACACGCCGAAGUGCGUCAUCGUUGAUCAGACAAUUGUUUGAUCGCUGUGGGCCCGAAGAUUUCAUGAUGGAUCUUUGUGAUUAUCAGAACAAAACGUUUUCAUCGGACAAAGUAGACGACAACUAUCAUACAGGCGAAUUUGGCGCUGGAGUGCAUGGUGUCCAUUCAUGGGGUUAA